CCCGCCUCAUCACACUCCUCUAGCCUGGCUUGCUUUCUCUCUCUCUCUCUCUCUCUCUCUCUCUCUCUCUCUCUCCCUCGCUCUCCCUCAUCUCAUUGUUUCAGAGUAGGCCAAAUUUGAAGUCCUUCCCAGGGAGUGGCCUGUUCAUCUUAUUCUCCAGCCAAAGUAGAAACAGCGUGAGAAGGAGAGAGACACAUUCGGCAGCCAAAGGACUCGGUGGAAAGAGCAGAGGAAAAAUACACAAUAUGCUGCUCUUGGGACCCAAGGUGCUGCUGUUUCUCACCGCACUCAUCAUCCCCUCUGACUGGACACCACUAGGAGUCAGUGGUCAACGAGGAGAUGACGUGACUCCAGUGACUUCAGAAACAUUCACAGAAGAUCCUAAUCUGGUGAAUGAGCCCUCUACAGAUGAAACAGUUCUGGCCGAUAUCGAGCCUUCCACAGAUGACCUGGCUUCUGCUACUGAUAAAAACACCACAACAGAUUGCCGGGACGAAAAAUUUGCUUGCACGAGACUCUACUCUGUGCAUCGGCCAGUCAAGCAAUGCAUUCAUCAGUUAUGUUUCACAAGUUUACGACGUAUGUACAUCAUCAACAAUGAGAUCUGCUCUCGUCUUGUCUGUAAAGAACAUGAAGUUAUGAAAGACGAACUUUGCCGUCAGAUGGCUGGUUUACCCCCAAGGCGACUCCGUCGCUCCAACUACUUCCGACUUCCUCCCUGUGAAAAUGUGAAUUUGCAGAGACCCAGUGGUCUGUGAUCAUCAAGGAAGAGGAAAGAAGAAUGUGUGGGUGGGAGGAAGAGAAUGCUCUAGCAAGAGGGAACUCCUUCUUGUUCAACCAUCGUCCGCUAACCCAUAGACAUUAGUAUUUCUUAAACCAAUCCCUUUGCAGUGUCUAGCUUUCACCUCCACUCCCUGAUUUUUCACCAAGACUGGUAACAUAAAGUCUAUAUUAUUGCAUGGUUUAGUUGCUUCUCAGUAUCACAGACGUAGAUUAAUGGUAACCAUGUGGCUUGUAUGCAAACAUUCUACAUACAAUUUCAAAGGAAAAUAACCUUUAGGUUAAUAUUUACUAACAAAUCUGUCUGAAAUAGAUCUUAGGGUGGAAGAAGCUGUUGCUGUCCAUUUUGGCUAGCCACAGAACUCCAUUUAUUUGAUUUUCAAGAGUUUCCUAGAUUAACGCCUCAUUCAUUUACAUACUCCUCUUUACUCUUAUUUUAACUAUUUUGCUGGAUUUGCCUGCUCAAGUCUUCCUUAAGAGUCACGGUAACUUUUCGUAGUCCUAGAGAAUUCCCCAGCACCAAGAGUUACACAAUCCUACUGACAACAUAUAAAGACCCAAGUUGAGGUCUGCUAAGUUCAGAGGUCAAGGAUAAAGCGAGAGGAAUAGGCUACAUAUGGAACUGGAACUCAUGGUUCCUUAUUCACUUUUUCAUGCAGUUGUCUAAUUGGCAAGUAGGGGUACAAAAUCCCGUAUACUUAUUUUUGGUCAUAUAGGGGUUAGCCCACCCUUGCAAAUUAGACAAUGUAAUGGGAAAUCAUACCAUUGGUCUGAGUUUCCUUGACUUGUCAAUACUUUUCAUCCUCAUCACUAAACAAAAUUUGUAGAGAUUACUAUGCAAAUAGACUCUGGAAUAACCUGAUUUGGUCAGGUCAGAAGGGCAUUCAGACCUAAAUUUUAACAGGCAGAUCAAGCUUACCUAAUGGUUUAUAAGAAAGAGUAAAAGAAACACAAUAUUCAGACAACCUACAUUCUUAUCCUGGUUCUUCUAGCAGUAACCAGGUAAACCAGUAAACCAGGUUAAAUUUCCCAUCUUUAACACAACAUAAAUUUACGCUGGUUCUAAGGUAUAUUUUCAUUUGUGAUUCUCAAGAUUUAAAUGCAUUAUUUGAAUUUCCUGAAGCCUAGCUGCAGUCUAAUUCAUAACCACCAUGUCUGCUUCAUAAGGGGAGAAAUAUAUUAAGACAGCAGUCCACAACAUCAUAGAAAAAAAUCCCGUUGUAAGUUACCAAUUACAUACUAUAGAUCCUUCUAUCUGAAUAACUUAGUAACUUUCCAAAGCAGCCCACAAAAUUCAACUAAAAAGUAGGAGACUUUGAGGCAAGUUAUACCCUCAGAAUUCCUCUGUUUGGUAGGGUUGGAUUAAUUUCCGAUUGAAGAAAACUAUGUAAAUGAGCAUCAGACUCUUGCUGUUAAGAAACUAUUUAGUUUAAUGGAAUUUGCACAACCCAUUAAAGAGAAAUGCUAGGAAAAGACCCAAAGCAUGUGAUCUCUGCUCUACAGCCUCUAAAAGUAUAUAUCCUCAUAUAUAGAGGUAUUAAGUGGAUAUUAUACCCACUGUAGAGAAAUCUUAUUGGUACAGAAUUUCUACGAAUCAUUUAAGAAUCGCACCAUGAACGGGACCCUCUUACUGUAUACUGAAUGAGGCGGCAUCCCCACCACAAUGCACCUCAAUCCCAGUUUUGUGCAUAUUGCAGAUUAAACAUUUUAAAAUAAAUUUUUCUUAAUUCCUUUUCAGAAGAAUGG